AUGCCUUACUUCCAUCGGUCCCUAAAGCCCCAGCUGCACCCAGUUCCCAGGGAUGCCCAGAUCACCCACUCCUCAGGUCAGAGCUUCGAGCAGCUGAGGCAAGGUUGCCUGCAGUCAGGCACCCUGUUUGAGGAUUCGGACUUCCCUGCCAGCAACACCUCCCUGUUCUACAGUGAGAGGCCCCAGGUCCCCUUCGUGUGGAAACGGCCAGGGGAACUCGUACAAAACCCAGAAUUCAUUCUUGGAGGGGCCACCAGGACUGACAUCUGUCAGGGGGAACUGGGAGAUUGCUGGCUGCUGGCGGCCAUUGCCUCCCUCACACUCAAUGAGAAAGCACUGGCCAGGGUGGUUCCCCAGGAUCAAGAUUUUGGUGCUGGCUAUGCUGGGAUCUUCCACUUCCAGUUUUGGCAACACAGUGAGUGGCUGGAUGUGGUGAUAGACGACCGCCUGCCCACCUUCAGAGACCGCCUGGUCUUCCUCCACUCAGCUGACCACAAUGAGUUCUGGAGUGCGCUGCUGGAGAAAGCCUAUGCCAAGCUGAAUGGGAGCUAUGAGGCACUGAAGGGGGGCAGCACCAUAGAGGCCAUGGAAGACUUUACUGGGGGUGUGGCUGAGAACUUCCAAACCCAAGAGGCCCCAGAGGAUUUCUACAGGAUCCUGGAGAAGGCCUUGAAGCGUGGCUCCUUGCUGGGCUGCUCUAUAGAUAUCCAAAAUGCCACUGAAUCUGAAGCCCGGACGCCUUUUGGUCUUAUUAAGGGUCAUGCCUAUACUGUGACGGGGCUCGAUCAGGUAAACUUCCAAGGCCGGAGUGUCCAGCUCAUUCGAGUUCGAAACCCUUGGGGCCAGGUGGAAUGGAAUGGGCCAUGGAGUGACAGCUCUCCUGAGUGGCGCUCUGUGAAUCUGGAGGAGCAGAAGCGACUGGGUCACACUGCUCUGGAUGAUGGGGAGUUCUGGAUGGCGUUUGAGGACUUCAAGGCCCAUUUCGACAAGGUGGAGAUCUGCAACCUCACACCUGAUGCCCUAGAGGACAGUGCCCUUCACAGGUGGGAGGUGACUGUCCAUCAAGGGAGCUGGGUUCGAGGCUCCACAGCUGGUGGAUGCCGCAACUUCCUAGAUACCUUCUGGACCAACCCUCAGAUAAAGCUGUCCCUGACUGAAAGGGCCGAGGGCCAGGACAGCUGCACCUUCCUAGCAGCCUUGAUGCAGAAAGAUCGCAGGAAACUCAAGAGAUUUGGCACCAACAUGCUGACCAUCGGCUAUGCCAUUUACCAGUGUCCAGACAAGGACGAACACCUGAGCAGGGACUUCUUCAGGUAUCAUGCCUCCCUGGCCAGAAGCAAGACAUUCAUCAACCUGAGAGAAGUCUCUGGCCGCUUUCAGCUGCCCCCAGGGGACUACAUCCUGAUUCCCAGCACCUUUGAGCCACACCAGGAGGCUGACUUCUGCCUGAGAAUCUUCUCCGAGAAGAAAGUUGUUACCUGGGACCUGGAUGAGAGUCUAGAUGUCAACCUUCCUGAGCCUCUGAAGCCGACUCCACCAGAGCAAGAGACAGAGGAGGAGCAGCAGUUCCGGGCCCUGUUUCAGCAAGUUGCUGGUGAGGACAUGGAGGUGACUGCUGAAGAACUUGAAUAUGUUUUAAAUGCCAUCUUGCAAAAGAAAACAUCUCUCAAGUUCAAGAAACUGAGCCUUCUGUCCUGCAGAAACAUCAUCUCUUUGAUGGAUACCAGCGGCAAUGGGAAACUGGAGUUCGAGGAGUUCCGAGUGUUUUGGGACAAGCUGAAGCGGUGGAUGAACCUGUUCCUCCAGUUUGAUGUGGAUAAAUCUGGCACCAUGUCUUCCUAUGAGCUGCGGACUGCACUGAAAGCUGCAGGCUUUCAGUUGAACAGUCACCUCCUGCAGCUGAUCGUCCUCAGGUACGCAGAUGAGAAGCUCCAGCUGGACUUCGAUGACUACCUCAACUGCCUGGUGCGGCUGGAGAAUGCAAGCCGGGUGUUCCAGGCUCUCAGUGUGAAGAACAAAGACUUCAUCCAUCUCAACAUAAACGAGUUCAUCAACUUGACCAUGAACAUCUGAGGUUGCCCUGAUAAGGAGGCCACCUGCCCAUCUGGCUUCUGGACCACACACCUCAGAACUGCUGGGGAGCCCUGCUCUCCCCUCUGCCUCACACCAUCCUCUCGGCCUCCCCAUCCUGAUCUGGGAGGAUCAGAUGGAGCUGUCUGCAUUCUCUGAUUCUGUACUGCUUCUCUGUAAAAUCACUGCCUCACAAGGACCAGUGGCACCACUUCUGCAUCAGGACUGAAGUUGCUAGAAUUCCUCCUUCCAUUCCCGCCUCCAUCAACCAACCAUCCAAUGUUCCAAUACCCCGGCCCUGGCUGUGUACUCCAAUCACCUCAUGAAGACAUUUUUAAAAAGGUUUUCUUUCCGUCUUGUAGGAAUGUGUGUCUAUGUGUGCGUAUGUGCAUAUUCUCAUGUGUGUGCAUAUGUAUGUGCCAGGGCCGGAAAUAGAUGGUGUCUUCCUCAAUCACUCUCCACUUUAUUUCUGAGACAGGGUCUCUCACUGAGCCUGGAGCCCACUGAUUCAGCUGGGCUCGCUUCCCUGCAAGCCCAGAGAUCUUCCUGUCUUUGCCUCCCAGGACUGGGAUUGCAGCU